AUGAACGAACAUAGCGCGGAGCAUGUGACGAGUGUGCGCAGUAAAGAGAAUCCAGCGAGUCUGCGCGACUUGUCAUUCGGUCGCGGGCUUACGCCGCGUUGGCACCUCGUUAAGAUAGGGACCUUCUUGGAAACCUUCGAGGUUGCCGGUCAGCCAAUCCUCGAUUUAGGCGCUUUACGUGGCGCCUGGUACUAUUCUGUGGUAGUGCACGCGUGCGCGAACGAGCGCGUGCGCGGCGCCCAUUGCGCGCAACCACGAGCCGAGAGCAUGCAAAGAGCACGGUUCUGCCGCGCGUAG